CUCAACAUGGUCCAGUUCUCCGAAGAGACUAAGGAGCGUAUCUCCAAGGUGAUCGAUGUCUCCAGAGUUGCUAUCCACUAUGGAUAUCUCCCUCUGAUCAUUUACCUCGGUAUGAAGCUGCUGCCACGGACCCAGUCUCUGCUGAGAGCAACAAAUAAAGGCCUGAUACUGACUUUGCCUCGACAGGCUACACUUAUAGCGAGCCUAGGCCUUCUCUAUUCAAGUAUGAUCGAGACCUGCCUGUCGAGAUUCUUCCAAUCCAUACAACCUGGCUAACAACAUGGCACAUAGGCUUUUCUCUCCGCUUGCAUAAAUUUGCGAGCAGAUUGAUUGAGUUGCAUGGGAGAGUGAGCCCCCAGAAAAUUGGCACCUGAUACCCUAUUUCUUCUGUCUAGGACGCGCAUGAAAUUGGCUGCAAAUGGGGCAUUCGAAGGGGCACCUCCUUCUCUUUCUUGCCGGCCGGGAGAUAUGAACGAGAUUUCAAGGAGUCUUCCGUCGAUAAAUGUGUAUCUCUAAACUUCAUGUCGUGGUUUGUAGUUUUCUUCUUUGGUUUGUUGGAGGGUUGGUUCUUGCGAAUAACUUCAUUACUUGGUUCUUACCUGCUCUCUUUUCUUCCUUUCCUUUCCUUUCCCAAGUAGGAUGAUAGGAGUGAGGAACAAAUAUGCAACAGCUCUCAGAAAUAGACGAAGCCUGGGGUUUCAUCAGUUUAUUCAU